CUCGCUCUCACCAAACUUUCUCUCUCUCUGAUCCUUUCUAGGGUUUCAAACCUCGGUAACACACCCCUCAAGUGAUUCUUCUUCUUCUUUGUAGUUAUUCUUCGUGUAAGUCUCUCUUCAACAAUCUCGACUGUAUUUAAUCGUCCUACGUUUUGUUUUUUCCCUUUUUAUUUAUUUGCCUUUCCUUGGCUUUCCACUAUAGCUUAGCUGUGGAGUUUUACUGGGUCAUUUUCGUAUUUGAAUUCUCUUCCUCAGAGAAGAAAACCAUCGAGGUGAUUUGGAUAGAUAGGAAAAGUACCAAGUUUUUAGAGAGAGAGAGAGUCAAGGGUUUUAGGUGGGAAAAAAAGGGUAGAGAGAGAAAGAAUGGUCAAGGCUAAAAACAUUUCAAUAUCAGUUAUUUAAUGCCAAAAUUGCAACUUGUUGUUUCUUAUGUCCUUUCCUGGAUACUUCGUUUAAUGGGUAUCUAUUAGUUUUUUCCAAAACACUUCACUGAAAAAGUUCUUGAAAUGCUUGGUGAGGAAGAUAACAAGGACCUGCUCGCCGGAGCUGCCCGGCGAAGGUAUUUGCGGUCAGUUUCUUGGACUGACCGAUCACCAAAUAAGGCUAGUACUAAUUCUAAUCCACGGUCUCAAACCAACACUAAAGCUCGGUCCUUUUUGCCACCACUUUCAAUAACCAGGCGUCAUGUUGAGGAGUGGCCAAGGGCGGGUUCUGAUGAUCUUGGCGUUUGGCCUAAUCCUCAAACUCCGAGAGGAUCGGUUAAUGCGGCCGAGAAGUCGAAUAAUUUGGAACAAACUGAGAGAGAGUUUCAGUUCAAGAGGGACAAGCUUGCCUUUUUUGAUAAGGAGUGUUCAAGAAUUGCUGAUCAUAUAUUCUUGGGAAGCGAUGCAGUGGCUAAAAACCGCGAGAUUCUGAGGCAGAAUGGGAUAACACAUGUGCUUAACUGUGUUGGGUUUGUUUGUCCGGAGUAUUUCAAGCUUGACCUUGUGUACAAGACACUUUGGUUGAAGGAUAGCCCAUCUGAGGAUAUCACAAGUAUUCUCUAUGAUGUGUUUGAUUACUUCGAGGAUGUUCGGGAGCAGGGCGGGCGGGUUCUUGUGCACUGUUGCCAGGGAGUGUCGAGAUCAACGUCUCUGGUUAUUGCCUACCUCAUGUGGAGGGAGGGCCAGAGCUUUGAAGAUGCUUUUCAGUAUGUGAAGGCUGCAAGAGGUGUGACUAAUCCGAAUAUGGGGUUCGCUUGUCAACUUCUGCAGUGCCAGAAACGAGUUCACGCUGUUCCUGCUAGCCCAAAUUCCAUGUUGAGGAUGUACCGAAUGGCCCCACAUUCUCCAUAUGACCCCCUACACCUUGUCCCCAAAACAGUGAGCCAUCCCGGUGUUCAAGCACUUGAUUCUCGUGGGGCGUUUGUUGUUCAUGUUCCUUCUGCUCUGUACGUUUGGAACGGGAAGUAUUGCAACUGUGUGAUGUCGAACAAUGCGGACGCAGCAGCCUUUCAGGUCAUUAGGUAUGAGAGGGCUAAGGGUCCAAUUGUGAAAAUUAAAGAAGGUGAAGAGCCUCCAGAAUUUUGGGAAGCUCUUGCCCGUGGGCAAUCCGUGGCAGAGGAUUGCAGCAAGGUGGAGGCCAAAAGGGAAGAAGCUGGAUCUCCUGGUAGUGAUAAGUUUGCUACGGAUAUUGGUACUGGGGCUAGUGAGAGGAAGGUAGAUGAAUAUGAUUUGGACUUUGAAAUUUUUCACAAGGCACUUGCAGGUGGGGUUGUACCUCCUUUUUCAGUGUCAAGUGCUGGAUCCGAAACUUGCCUUCCUGCAAGGGAGAAUGGAUGGAGCAGAUUGAGACGGAAGUUUGCUAUAGGUGUCAUGAAAGAAUUCGUCACGCUUGUCACAUCCUCCAAAUUGAAUUCCAAGACAAGUCCAUCUAGUGAUGUAUCGGAAAUGAUUAUAGAUAGCCAGAAAGAGGAAGAACAGCCUGUUUCUGAGGUUGAUCUUCCAUCAUCCUUGUCACCUCCAACCGACUUAUGUGGUUCGCCAGAUUCCUUUGAAUGUUUUCCAAACGGAAGCCCGGAUAGGAUUCCGGAUACUUUCAAACAAGUAGAACGGCCAGAUCAUAUUUCUCAUCCUUUAUCACCACCUUCUUGUGGCUCACCGGAUUCCUUUUCUUGUUUUCCAGAUAACAGUCCCAAGUUCAGUUCCAAAUCCCCUACCAUUUCACCUUCUACCUCCGAUUAUGCGAGUUCGUUUUCCUUCUCACCAUCAUCUUCUAAUUGGUCUGACUUGUCAUACCUGUCAUCUAGACAGCCUUCACCGUCCGGCUUGGAUUCGACUGAUCCAUUAGCAAUUAAGAAUAUUUCUUUUUUACAUAGUUCUUUCAAUCUCAACAGAGAAACUAACCAAACACCACCAGAGGAAUUCUAUGGUAAUCAUACUUUUAGAACACAAACUGCAGGUUCACCGUGUAAAGGGAUUACACCUUCUAUUGCUGAGCGUAGAGGGAGUAAUCCUCCACCGCGGAUGAUGUUAUCCUCGGUUGAUGAACAACAUCAAGCUCCAAGAAAACUGGCACGAUCAUGGUCCUUUUCUAUUCCUGACACAGACGAUGAGGAGAUGAAGGCCUCUGAUUAUAGUCCAUCAGAGAAUGAAGGCAAUGGAGAAGAGGUAAUGCUAGAUGCGGAUAUCUUUGAUCCUGGAAAGGAACUAGGAAGUGAGAUUAAAGAAAAAGAAGAGGGUAGUAAAACUGAUCUUUUUUCAGGUGAAAUAACUGCGGAGGCUGCAGAAGUCGGGAAGCCAGUUUUAUACAAGUGGCCUUCUUUGAGUAAAGUAGAGGGGGCUUGCUCUAACGAACUUGACUCUGGAUCAGCUUAUGUUUUGUUAGCUCAAGAUGUGAGUUUGGACGGGAACAGUCCUCGCACGUUAACUUUCUGGUUGGGACACAAAACUCUGCACAAAAUAGGGCAAGAUGACGGUGAGAUGCUCGAUAGUGGUGCUCUUCUUUGCCAGACGAUUGCACACGACGUACUUGGUCAAAUGGAUUUGCCACUGAAUACUCAUGUCCAGGUAGUAAGAGAAGGCGAGGAGCCUGAGGAGUUUCUAAACCAUCUAAGAUGCAUAGCACUUGAAGUGACAGAGGACACAGGACACGGUUAAGACCAUUCUUUUGAAAGAUCGAUCUUCGUGAUAAAAGUUUUCCACCGGUGGCGGUUAUGCCUAAUGGAAAUGUGUUGCAGAUUUUGAAAAGUGAGUAGGCAUCCCGGGCAGCGUCAUAUCUGCUUGUGUGAUGUGUGUGUGGUUGAGAAAUAUGGGUUAUUCUUACACCAAAAACAUGUAUAGAGAACAGCUCCAUCGUAAACCAAAUGGCAAAUACUAAGUAGAAGUACAUAGUACUAGUUUCCACUUAUCUGUUUUUGGACAGAAAUAACGUCAUUUGGAAUAAGCGGCACAAGCCGUCGUUAAUUUUUUGUGUAUUAUGUAUUUGUUUAGGCUUUUUGUGUAAUCUAUAUUUUUCUACAUUCCACAGCGCGCCCAAAGGUGGCUGCUGUUUUGAAGGGAAAUAGUAAAAUUUCAGUUCAAACAAGUGAACAAAUCAACUUUUCUU